AUAUAUAUCAGUUUACUAAAACCUUUGAUAUAUAUCAGUUUACUAAAACCUUUGAUAUAUAUCAGUUUACUAAAACCUUUGAUAUAUAUCAGUUUACUAAAACCUUUGAUAUAUAUCAGUUUACUAAAACCUUUGAUAUAUAUCAGUUUACUAAAACCUUUGAUAUAUAUAAGUUUACUAAAACCUUAG